AUGGUGGACAUCCUCCUGCCGCGGCCGCUCCCGAGCGCCAUGGGGGAGCCCGCCAAGAGACGGCCGGGGCUGGCGCUGUGCGCGGGCUGCGGGGGCCGCAUCCAGGACCCGUUUCUGCUGCGGGUGUCUCCGGAUCUGGAGUGGCACGUCGCCUGCCUCAAGUGCGCCGAGUGCGGGCAGCCGCUGGACGAGACCUGCACGUGCUUCCUGCGGGACGGCAAGGCCUACUGCAAGCGGGACUACGGCAGGCUCUUCGGCAUCAAGUGCGCACAGUGCCGGGCGGCCUUCAGCAGCAGCGACCUGGUGAUGCGCGCCCGCGACCACGUCUACCACCUGGAGUGCUUCCGUUGCGCCGCCUGCGGCCGCCAGCUGCUGCCCGGGGAUCAGUUCUGCCUCCGGGAGCGCGACCUGCUCUGCCGCGCCGACCACGGGCCGCCCACCGACGGCACCGCCGCCCGCGGACCCCGCAGCCCCGCGCCACCGCCCGCGCACCUCGCAGAGCCGGUGCCCGGACGGCCGCCCGGCCCGCGGCCGCAGUCGCACAAAGCGGCCGAGAAGACCACCCGCGUGAGGACGGUGCUGAACGAGAAGCAGCUGCACACGCUGCGGACCUGCUACGCCGCCAACCCGAGACCCGACGCCCUGAUGAAGGAGCAGCUGGUGGAGAUGACGGGGCUCAGCCCGCGCGUCAUCCGUGUCUGGUUCCAGAACAAGCGCUGCAAGGACAAGAAGAAGUCCAUCCUCAUGAAGCAGCUCCAGCAGCAGCAGCACAGCGACAAGACGAGCCUGCAGGGCCUCACCGGGACGCCACUGGUGGCCGGCAGCCCCGUCCGGCACGAGAGCGCCGUGCAGGGCAGCGCGGUGGAGGUGCAGACCUACCAGCCGCCCUGGAAGGCGCUCAGCGACUUCGCGCUGCAGAGCGACCUGGAGCCGCCCGCCGCCUUCCAGCAGCUGGUCUCGUUCUCCGAGUCCGGCUCUUUGGGCACGUCCUCCGGCAGCGACGUGACCUCGCUCUCCUCCCAGCUCCCCGACACUCCCAACAGCAUGGUGCCCAGCCCGGCCGAGACGUGAGGCCGUCCGGCUCCCGCCGCCGCGGGACCUCCGCAUGCCGCGCUCCCUGCAUGAGACACCCGGCCCCGCGCCGCG